AUGUGGUCUAAAUACGUUCUUCUCUUUGGGGCAGUUUUUGUCUUUAACAUUGCAGUGGAUGAUGCAGUUGUUUUCAAGUUUACGAAUUUCCAGUGCAAGAGUUACAACGAAUCGUGGUUCGUUUUCAACUAUUACCGUCUGAAAGCCGUCAGUCGGGACAGGGUUUUGCUCAAUUUGAAUGCAACUAUUCUGCAUCCGGCUUACAACGGUACACUUCACGUAAAACUCUAUAAAAGGGCCAAUGGUUUCAAGCCAUGGCUACUGGAGACGACUAUUGACCCAUGCAGGUUUAUGAAGAGGCGUUAUGAUCCAUACUUAAAAAUCGUCUACAACAUCUUCAAAGAAUUCUCAAACAUUAAUCACAUCGUCCCUACGUGGUUAGGGCAUCAAGUCAUCAAAGAUUUGUAUGUGAAUCCGGAGUUAAUAAUUCUACCCAUUCCAUCUGGAGAGUAUUUGCUGACGGGUCGCUGGAAUUUUGAUAAGAAACUUAUAUUUGGUACCAAUGUAACUUUUAUUUUUAUGGAAGAUCUUUUAAAAAGAACAUAG